AUGGCUCUUUCUCAGGGACAAUUGACAUUUAAGGAUUUGGCCAUAGAAUUCACUCAGGAGGAGUGGGAAUGCCUGGAUCCUGCUCAGAGGGCCUUGUACAGGGACGUGAUGUUGGAGACCUACAGGAACCUGCUCUCCCUUGAUAUCUCUUACAUACAUGUGAUUAAGAAAUUACAACUAAAAGCAAACACUGAUAGAGGAGAAGUAUUCCAAACAUUGAUGUUCCGAAGACAUAACUGGAAUGAAAUGAAACAUUUUUACCUCAGAGUCAUCCGGGAAAAUAUACGAGAAUUUGAUUCUCAGCAGAGUGAUGAGGAAAGAAAUUGCAAAGGAAUGCCAAUAAACCAAAAUGAUAAUCUCACUGAUAAGAGAAAUCGAAAUGGAAGAAGUGUUGCAGGAAUCAAGCCUAUUGAAAAUAGGUUUCCAUUAAGCUUUCUGGAUGAACUGCAUAUAUUUAAAAGUGAAGAGAAAAUGGAUGAAUUUAAUCAAGCUGACAAGAGUGUGAAGGGUAGUGCCUCAUUUUCACCACUUCAGGGAAUUUCCCCUGGUGUCCAAGUGAACAUUUCUAAUAUACAUGGGAGUAAUUAUAUGCAGUCUUUAAUAGUGACACAAGAUCAGAAAGCACAGAGGGAAAGAACUUACAAAUGUAAUGAGUGUGGCAAAAUCUUUCUGCAGGACAUCAGAGAACCCACACAGGGUGCAAGGCCAUAUCAAUGUGAUGUAUGUGGGAAAGUCUUUAGUCAAAAUUCACAUCUUUUAGGUCAUCAGACCAUUCAUACUGGAGGGAGACCUUAUAAUGGUAAUGAGUGUGGCAAGGUGUUUAGUCGAAAACAUUGUUUCGCUUCAUCAGAAGAUUCAUACCAGAGAGAACCUUUCAAAAUAAUGAGUGUUGAAAAGACGUUACUCACGUCUGUAUCAGAAUAUCCUGGAGAGAAACCUCAUAAAUGUAACCUUUGUGGCAAGGAUUUACCCAAAGAUGACAAGAUGGGACAUACUGAAGUUGUACCUUACAAUGCCAAUGGGUGUAGCAAAACAUUUCCUGACUUCAAGUAUUAG